AUGCUACAUGGAGCCAUUGAAGAAGUUAGAUUUGGAAAAGUACAAAACUCUGAAUCAAACAGAGCUGAGAGACUUGGUGUUGAUUCUGCAUGUGGCCUGGUCAUCAAUGAUGUCACUGCUGAGGAUGCUGGACGGUACACAUGUCGACAGUUUACUAAAACAGGGGAACAACGUGGAAAAGAUGGUCCUGUUAAUUUGGCUGUUCUUCAAGUCUCUGCAUCUCCAAGUGUGAGCCACAUAGAGGCUGGUGGUGAAGUGUCUCUCCAGUGUCGUCUGUACACUCAUGAUAAGUGUAAAGGAACUGUGAAGAGUAAAGGGCUUCCUCUGAGCUGGGUGGAUAACAAUGGCCAGGAGCUGCUCUCCUCAGGGAACCGUGAGAUGAAGGAGGAAUCUCAAUGCCACAUCAGUAUGACUGAGCAGCUCACCGAUUUAAAGCCGUCUGAGAAACAGAGGACAUGGACGUGUCGAGUGACUGCAGAUGGAAGAGUUGAGGCCUCUGCCAACUUCACUCUUCCAGUCAAAGCAUCAGAGUCCAUUUCCACUCCCACACCAUCGUCUACCCCAGACCGUACAGGAUCAAAAUGGACUUCCACCCCCUCUCCACGAUCACCCCCAGACGACACAGGACAACAGACUGACUCUUCACCAGGAUCACCUAACUACAUGGUUCCUGUGAUAGUUGCUGCAGUCGGUAGCUGCUGCCUGUUGGCUACAGUUGUGAUCGUCGUCAUCUGCAGAAGAAGAGCAAUGGCUCAAUAA